CGUUGUACACGUGAACACAGUGGCCAAUCGUGGAAAGCACCAUCGCGUCCAUGCCCCUGCGUGCCUUCUCUUGCGUGGCCUUCUGACCUGCCCCUGCCAAAACCACUUGGGCCAGGUCCGGCCAGCGUUGCGGCUCGCCGUAACUUGGGGAACCACGCAUAAGUCUGACUCUCAGCAAAAGCGUGUCCGACCAUCCUCCGCUGGCACGGCACGGGUCCCUGCACGAAACUUCGUGUGCGAACCAAACCUUUGACAACACAAAGUUGCACGCGAAAAAGAGACCCAACCAACGCCUGUGGACGCGCAGCACGUCCAGCGAUCGCAGGAAAGUUUGCAGGUGAAUUUGUGGCGCCUGCCGACCGUCGUUCCUUCCGCUUGUUGCCAGAGUAAGGAAGAACGCAGGUACAACCCACGCAACAGACGCGAUCACGCAGCCCAGGCAGGAGCGUCAUCGUUCGCACCCAAGGCCUUUCCUCCAGAGGAAGUCGCACUCCAAACUGCGUCCACAUCCAGCGCUGCACAGCGGUUGCGUUACACGGCAACUCUGACUGGUCGUUCCUCAACUCAGUCCUCGCACACUCUGCGACAGCAGCAAUCAACACAAACUAGAAUAUAUUUUUACAAGCCCUGAUCUUCGCACUUCGAGACUAACCAUGAACUCGCCGCCUGCUUCGCCGCUGCACAGGCGUCAAUCCAGCAACUUCAGUACAUCCUCAUCCAAGCGGCUAAGCCAGACGAUGAGUUUCAGUCGGCGAAGCAGCGCCGCCUUUGGAGCUAGCCACGGCUCUGCCGGCGUUGGUGACAGCCUAGCUUUCGAGUUAGCAGGUGAGGAGUUUGGCGAGUCGCUUGCAGAUGAGCUUGAUGGGUUCAGCGAUGGCGAAGAGGCGCUCGAGGAAGAAGAUGAGGCUCAAACACCAGCCGAGCAGGAACGAGACAGCGGCAUAGAUGUAGCCAGCAGCCCUCCCGAAGGCGGUGGGGGAAAACAUCUCAGCCCGCAGAGUGCGCUUAAGCAAACAGGCCAUCGAAGGAAGGAAUCAGCAUAUGAUGGCAGCGAGUAUGGAUCGGAGUCCGAUCUGGAGGAGUCCGAGCUCAUAAGUGCUGGUCUCGAGGCGAGGAUGUCAGCCGUGGAGGCAAUGGCGCGGAGGGGACUGGAGGAGAACGGGAGUGAAGGCGAUAAAGUCGUCAGCAGGCUAACAGAGAGACUGCGCGACCUAGGGAGCCAGAGCGAAAUGGAAAUGGGCACCACAAGGCUGUCAACAGCAUAUACCGCACUCUCCACGCAUCUUACAAACCAAACACGCAUCCUCUCCCAACUGACCUCGCACUUGAUGUCGCCACUGACGCCAAUCUAUGUUCAUCCGGACCUGCUUUCCGAAAUGGAGCCGGUUCUCGACGCAACCCUGGCAUCGAUAUCAACAUUGCACCCUUCCUCGCGGCCACCGCUUGCAAUUCACACUCUUCUUUCUGAAACGGCAGAUCUGAUCCAGGAUUUGAAUUAUCUAAAGGAUACGCUCCAAGUUAAUCAGCAGACGACAACGGUUGGUGCGCGCAAACUGCGGGUUGUCAAGGAUCUACUGAGGGAAGCGAGAGAGGAGAUGAAUAGCCGGGAUGAAAGCGUGCGGUGGAUUGAACAAGGCUGCUGGGAUCAGAGAUUGAGGGAAAGGGAAGCGGAGACGGAGUGCAAUGGCAUACUGAGAGGCUUUGAAAUGGUUUGUGAAGGGUGGGGUGAGAGAUUGAAGGAGGGUAUUGUCGCAGCGUGAUUUGCGUGCCAACAGUUUUCACCCACCUCCAGAAGUUGGGAUUGGAAUGACGAGCUGGCAUGAUGAAGGAUUUAAUGAUGAUGAGAUACCAUCGACGUAUAUACCUUAUAUUUCCUCAUGGGAACGUUUGGCCCCAUGACUUAGUGAUCAGAACCUUGAUAUGCUAGUAUAGACAGCAUGUUCAUACGCUAAAUAUUUGAUCUAUUUCAAGAACGUGUAACCUUGAG